CUUUAUUAAAAUAAAAAUAACCAACUCAUGUAGUAUGCUCAACAGCAAUCCACAGUAUAUGUAACAGGUGAUUCCUAACUGUUUUUCUCAAAAAUAAAAAAAUAAAAAAAACCAACUCUCCCUCCCUCUCAUUUUCUCUCCUGUUCCUCUACUUUCUUGGGAAAAUUUAUGGUGAUAGUCCUCCAACUGAAACUCAUCUUCACCUGGAAUAGAAUUGUUCUUCUUGAUGAAUAUCAGCCCCGAAUCAAGAAACUAGCAGGUAUUUCUGGUUUCUCUCAUUCAACAAUUUUUUUCUAGUUCCAAUGGAAAUGCCCGAGGCUGACCUUCCACCAGAAAUUCGCGAAAACCGACACCCUCUCCCACCAGAAAUUCAAGAAAGCGAUAUUGAAGAGAUUUACAAUGCUAUUGAAUAUAUUCUUGAUCAAGAUCAAGAAGUUCUUGCUCAGAUGUUCACUUGUACGAAUUGCCAUACUGACUUAGCCAGCCCGAAUGAUUUCAUUGAGGAUAUUUACCCAUUAGACGAUUCCCCCGUGCGCAGCUUACUCUUCAAUAACGUUAGGAAUGUGAACUUUGGAGGAGUACAAGACCGAGUUUCUACGCAUCUACAUCAAACUGAAGUGGUCGUGAGUCAUAUCCACUGUAAUUCAUGCCAAAGUUUUGUUGGGUGGAAAAUAGUAAGGACUGAUGGAACAUUGCCACCAGUAAGGAUUUAUCGAUCAAUCCCAUCUUACAAAUUAUUCUAUCUUCAUACAUUAGCAAGCUUUAAUCUUAGGGAUAUGAUGAAUAUCAGAUACAGGUUCACGGGUAUGGAGUCCACCCAGUAAUCCGCGCAGGCCAAGCCGUGCUGCUAGUUAUGACCGACGGAUGAUCUGUGCUUCUUUAAAGGAAAAAAGCUCCACUAUGCCAUAGAUGGCUGGUUCUGCUUUUAAGCUUGCGGAAACAAUGACAACAUACUCUGCAACUUUAGUAGGUUUCUGUAGAAUUCUUUGCUGUCUGAAUGAAAAAAAUUGUGAAUGUAAAUGAGUUUGGAUC